AUUCUAUACUAAAUUAAAAAUGAUAAACAUCCCAAGUACAAUCGAAGACCCAGCAUAUAGGUAUAAGAUGCCUAGAAUGGAGCUCAAGCAAGAAAGUAGACUUAAUGGAGUGAAGACUAAUAUCUUCAACCUGUCUGAUGUCGCUGAAGCCUUGAGAGUUCCAGAUGAUUUCAUUAUCAAAUACAUGUGCGCAGAGCUUGGAGUUGGGAAGGAAAAGAAAUCAAUCAUUAAGGGAUCUCAUCCUUACGAGAUCAUGGUUGAAGUUUUAGACUCCUUCAUUACCAAAUUUAUCCUCUGUCCAAAGUGUAAUCUGCCGGAAAUCUCACUUUUCGCAGAGAAGAAAAUACUGAAGGGUGGUUGUAGAGCUUGUGGUAAGGUGAGCAAGCUAGACAACGCCCACAAAAUCUCCAACCAUAUCAUUAGGAACAUUCCUAAGGAUAUGAGUGAGAUCGAUGUCAAGAUCAGAGUAGGUGACGAAGAUGACAAGAGCACCACUAGCAAAAAGUCUAAGAAAGGCAAAAAGGGUAAGAAAAAGAAGAAGGACAAGGACCUUGAAGAGAGCAAAGAAGACGAGAAGGAAGAAUUAGAUGAUGAGGAAGAAAAACUCACAAUUGAGUCCACCGAGGUAGCAGAAACCAUUGAGUCUAUCUCUGAUAUCUUCACUGAAAAAGGCGACGAUAUGAGUAUAGAUGAUAAGAAAGAUGAAAUCAGGAACCAAUGAGUAUCGAUUGCUGCGGAGAGAGAUCUUAAAUAUUACAUUGCUCUUAAUUCUAUUCUAUGUAAGAUUCAGCCAGAAGGAGAAGACCAAAAGGCAAAGAAUGUAUACAUGAACACAAUAUUGCUGACAUUCCAAAAGAGCGCUUCUAUAUUCACCUCCAUGAUUGAAGAAGAUGGAGAGGAAGGAACCAAAUGCUUCAUUAUGGCCAUGGUUAACUUCUUUAUUACUCAAAGACCUGACUUGGACAUCGCCAUCGCCGGGUUCUGUAAGAUAGCUUAUGACUCUAACAUCAUCAGCGAGGAGGUCUUCCUCGCUUGGGCUGAUAAGAAGUUCAAGACCGACAAGAAGUCCAGUGUCUACGACAAGAAGGCAGAGAAGAAGUUCAGAAAGGCAGCUCAGAAGUUCCUCACCUGGCUCCAAGAAGCUGAAGAAGACGAAGGUGAGGAGUCAGAAGAAGAGGAAGAAGAAAAUGAGGAAUUGACUGAAGAACAGAAGAAAGCCAAGAAAAUGGAACAGCUGAUCAAAGAAGAGAAGCUCAAGCAAGAGCAAGCUCUUGCUGAGAGCAAGGCCAAGGCUGAUGAAGAGGAGAAGCAGCAAGAAGAAGAAGGUCAAAAGAUCGACCUUAUGGCUGAUAAAGCAGAUGUACCUGAAGAAGAUGACUUUGAUAUUGACGAUAUUUAAUUAAAUGUGGGUGAUUUCAACCAUACAA